GGGGGGCUGGAGGAUGAAGUGCUGGGGAGAACUGGUGCAGACUGGUUGGUGCUGCCGCGCGCGCGGUGCUGCUGCUGCUGCUGCUGCUGAUAUUAUACAGGGGGGACAGGGUGAGACCGGCUUUACACUGCAGCAGCAGCCGAACCGAACCGGGGACCGAUGUCGUUUAAUCACAACAUUCAGACAAGGAUCUGUCGUUUUCCUGUCGUUUAUUACUGAGCCUUAAUGUGGAGGACAUCAUGGAAGAACUGCGUGUUUAUACUCAUCACCUAAACCAGAGGAAGGCUCACUCAAAAGGCGUCCCUCGCGCGUGAUGACGCUCUAUUUGCUGUCACUCUAUUUAUCUGUCUUGGAUCUGUCAUAGCGCUCGGCUGCUGGGUUUGUUCUGUCUGCUGUAGAGGAGGAAGACAUGGCGUGUCUCGUGGUCACGCAACUGAGUUGCUGAGGCUCUGGGGUUGAAUAGCAGCAGCAGCAGCAGCAGGUUGCUCACAUACAGACAGAUAGCUGCCCAGAGAAGAUGCAUGCAUGUCUGGGACAUCCUCAUCUCUGUAGGAGAACCUUAAGCUCAUCUUAGGACACAGUGGAGAUAGUGGAUGGUGAUGUGUGUCAUGUGAUGCAGCAUACAAUUGGAGGAGAGCUGUGAACACUUUGUCAACUGUGUUCUCUGGAAUGAUGGAGUAGGGGAUGAAGAGUAAUAAUCAUCCAACAUCCUGACCACAGAAUGUUCACCCUCACAGAAGUUGCCUCUCUGAACGACAUCCAGCCGACCUAUCGAAUACUGAAACCAUGGUGGGACGUGUUCAUGGAUUACCUGGGCAUUGUGAUGCUCAUGGUAGCAAUAUUUGCUGGGACAAUGCAGUUAACCAAAGACCAGGUUGUCUGUUUGCCUGUUCUGGACUCGUGGCAGGACUCUGUAACUACAGAGAGGCCACCAGAAACAGCUUCUGGCACCGGGACCGGAGGAAACAGAGUGGCAUUAACAGCUGCACCUACGAGCAAAGACCAACCUGAGACAGAUAUCCCCUUCCCUUCUCCAACUGCUCCCAGGCAGCCUCAGCCGACAGGUGUGAAAACAAACCUGGACUUUCAGCAGUAUGUCUUUGUCAACCAGAUGUGCUACCAUGAAGCCCUCCCCUGGUAUUCAAAGUACUUCCCAUAUCUUGCUCUUAUUCACACGAUCGUGCUUAUGGUCAGCAGCAACUUUUGGUUCAAGUAUCCAAAGACGAGUUCCAAAAUCGAGCAUUUUGUUUCUAUUUUGGGGAAGUGUUUCGAGUCCCCAUGGACCACUAAAGCACUGUCCGAGACGGCUUGCGAAGACUCAGAAGAGAAUAAGCAAAGACUGACUGGUGCUCCUUCGUUACCAAAGCAUUUCUCCACCAGCAGUGAAGAGGGAAGUCCAAACCAAUCCACUCCAAUGCUUGCAAAAUCCAGUGUUAAGUUCUCGACAGAGAAGCCCGUAAUCGAAGUCCCGAGCAUGACGAUACUUGAUAAGAAAGACGGUGAGCAGGCCAAAGCCCUUUUUGAGAAAGUGCGAAAGUUUCGGGCUCACGUUGAGGACAGUGACCUGAUCUACAAACUCUAUGUUGCACAAACCGUGAUAAAGACCUUUAAAUUCAUCCUGAUCCUGUGUUACACCUCAACGUUUGUUGCAUCCAUUCAGUUUUACCACGAUUGUAAACCAGAUAUCAAGCACUUGACUGGCUACACCAACUUUAAUUGCACUCACAACAUGGCGUUCAUGUUGAAAAAGCUGCUCAUCAGUUACAUUGCUCUCAUCUGUGUUUAUGGCUUGGUAUGCAUUCACACGCUCUUCUGGCUAUUCCGGCGGCCCCUCAAAGAGUACUCCUUCGAGAAAGUGCGAGAGGAAAGCAGCUUCAGUGACAUUCCAGAUGUGAAGAACGACUUUGCGUUCCUCUUGCACAUGGUAGACCAAUAUGACCAGUUGUACUCUAAACGCUUUGGCGUCUUUCUCUCUGAGGUCAGCGAGAACAAGCUGCGAGAAAUUAGCCUGAAUCACGAGUGGACCUUUGAGAAGCUACGGCAGCAUGUGACUCGCAAUUCGCAGGACAAGUUAGAGCUCCAUCUGUUCAUGCUCUCAGGUGUUCCUGACGCUGUGUUUGAGCUCACUGACCUGGAGAUAUUGAAACUGGAGCUGAUCCCUGAGGCAAGGAUAACGGCAAAAAUUUCCCAGAUGAUCAACCUCCAGGAGCUGCAUUUUUAUCACUGCCCAGCCAAAGUUGAGCAGACUGCUUUUAGUUUCCUUCGAGAUCACCUACGGUGCCUUCAUGUCAAGUUUACGGACGUUGCAGAGAUACCCACCUGGGUGUACAUGUUAAAGAACCUGAGGGAACUCUACCUGGUUGGAAACUUGAACUCAGAAAAUAAUAAAAUGAUUGGUCUGGAGUCGCUCAGAGACCUGAGGCAUCUCAAAGUCCUCCAUCUCAAGAGCAACCUCACGAAGAUCCCGACCAACAUAACAGACUUGUCUCCUCAUCUGAUCAAACUUGUGGUACACAAUGAUGGCACUAAACUCUUGGUUUUGAACAGUUUGAAAAAGAUGAUGAACCUCUCGGAUCUGGAGUUGCACAAUUGCGAACUGGAAAGGAUACCGCAUGCCAUUUUUAGCCUGACCAAUCUACAGGAAUUGGACCUGAAAUCCAACAACAUUCGCACCAUUGAGGAGGUCAUCAGCUUUCAGCACCUCAAAAGGCUUACCUGCCUGAAACUGUGGCACAAUAAGAUAAUCACCAUUCCACUGUCCAUUAGUCAUGUCAAAAACCUUGAGUCCCUCUACCUUUCGCACAACAAACUCGAGUCAUUGCCCGUCCCUUUGUUUAACCUGCUGAAGCUUAGAUAUUUGGACUUAAGUCACAACUCCAUUGUGGUGAUUCCACUAGAGAUAGGAUUCCUUCAGAAUCUCCAGCAUUUUGCCAUCACAGGAAACAAAGUGGAGGUGGUGCCCAAGCAGCUGUUCAAAUGCACAAAGCUGCGUAACCUGUGUCUUGGACAUAACUGUAUCUCUACCAUACCGGAGAAAAUUGGCAAUCUGAUGCAGCUGACCCACCUGGAACUGAAGGGAAACUGUCUGGACCGCCUUCCAGCCCAACUUGGCCAGUGCCGACUUCUGCGUCGGAACUUUCUUGUUGUAGAAGACCAUCUAUUUGACUCCUUGCCAAUGGAGGUCAAAGAGAGCAUAAAUCAGGAAACCAAUGUUACCUAUGCUAAUGGAAUAUGAGAGUGGACUGGAGAAAGCCUUCUUGCCCAAGGUCUUGUAAUUCAUGUGGAAUGGGACUAAACAAAUUGGGCACUGUGCUCUCCAUACAGCUGGCAUGUUUUAAAAUAAUACAUUUGUCAACUGGUGUGAGAGAUUUGGCUCAGGACGUGUAGUCGAAUGGAAUGCUUUAACCCUUUAGAAUUAACAAACAUAUUUCAUGAGGGGUGACUCAGAACUCAAAUAAAUGAACAAGAAAGCUGUUAUUAAACAUGACAUGAAUCUGAUGUGCUUAUCAGUUUGAUAUGAAACAUUGUCACUAAAGCAGCUGUUCUCAAAACAGUCCAGAUCCUUUAACCCAACUACAAUAGAGAUAGAACAAAAUAUCCCUGAGGACUACUGCUUUACAGAAGAUAAAGUACAAUGCCUGGGAAUUAUUCUUGUGUUUAAAAGCAAUGGGCUCUUUUCCACUGAGGGCUGAAUAGUCCAUUCUGGUGGCUUUUGCACAUGGUCAGUUUUCUCAGCAGAAUUAGCGAGUUAUGCUUGGGACCACAGAAAUGUUCAGUUGGAGGGCCUUAUGACAUUGGGAUCUGUUAACUGGAUUACCAGGCCAUGCUAACUCAGUAGUAUUUAUGUUUUACGAGACCAGUAGCAAUGUGGAAAGAGGCCUGUAGCCGGUUAACUAAUGCCACAUGAACAAUGUAGGAUGAGGCCCAUAGCUGGUGUGUUAACACUACGGUAGCGAUGUGGGAAGAGGCACAUAGCCGGCGUGCUUACACCACAGUAGCAAUAUUGGAAGGCCAGUAGCGAUUGAAGGACAUGGCCUAUAGCUGGCGUAACAAUGGCACAGUAGCGAUGUAGGAUGAGGCCCAUAAUCAGCAGGCUAACACCACAGUAGCAAUGUUGGAUGAGGCCCUUACAUGCUUACACCACUGUAGCAAUUUGGGACAAAGCUUAUAGCUGGUGUGCUAACGCAAUGGCAGGAAUGUUAAACGAGGCCAGUAACCCGCAUAAAAACUCAGUUCUCCAUUUUGCAUGUAGUUAGUAGGCUCUGUUUUGCAAGUUAGCAUAUUACACAGCAAAUGUAGAAAGAUAUACAGAACCUGUCCAAGUGUCCACACCGGCCUAGAAUGUUACAGCAUGGCCCUGCAGUGAAAAAGAGACCAAUGUUUGCAAUAGGCUACAUUUACGCAGCAGUUCAACAUGCUCAAAAGGUAGAUUUUUCACCAAAUUCGUUUUUUUUGGCUGUUCACACCAUCACACUUUCAAUGUGAUAUAUAUCCAACAAUUAUCCACACUCCUGAAGUAAUGCACCUACACAA